AAGGCAGCCCGAACGGAUUAGCUUCACGAAGCUAAAAUUCAGGAAGCUGCGAUGGGCUGUAGUUCAUUUUUUCGAAGCGAUAGAUUCCCAGCUUCCUGUUUUCGUGAAUCUGAAGCUGUUUUCGUGAAUCUGAAGCUGCUUGUUAUUUACGGCCGAAUUGCCACCGCCAAGAAAAACGUUUCGCUCAACACCCCCUCGCUCGAUCCCGCAGGUCAACCUGGUCGCACACAACUCCCUUCCCCUCGCUUCUCUGUAGCCCUACCGCCGCCGCCACGCUCAGCAGCCCCCGUCGCCGGCCAAAUCGUUGACUCAACUACAGAACCGGCCGUCCCAGUCUAUUUCCCGCCGGAUCCCAUCGUCUUCGCCGUCCGUCGCGCCUGGUGCAAGGAGCUGCAACCCCAUGGCUCGGAGGAGCCGGCCCCAACGCCAUUGACGCCCAAGCGACGCUCCCAAGCCAGGAGUGGCACGAGGACUACCGCACCUCCAAGCAUAAACUGCAAGAUGUCAUCGGAUAGUGAAAGUGACGAUGACACAAAUUAUGAAAGAAAGAAAGUUAUGGUUCUCCAAUAUCAACAUGAUAUGGCCAUGCUUUAUUCGGCUAUGUCAUCAAUAGUUGGGAAGUAUUGCAAAAGUUGGGUCAUGAAGGCCGACCCUAGGACAUCUAGGUUGAGUGGUUUUGAAUGGUUGCGAGAGACUAUUGGCACACCCGAAGAGACGUACACAAUGUUGAGAAUGAAUGCAAAUGUGUUCUUUGAUCUUCAUGACAAGUUGGUGGCGGAGUAUGGCCUCAAAGAAACAUGUUUUGUUACCACUUAUGAGUCUCUUGCUAUGUACUUGUGGACCUUGGGCGGUUGUGAAUCAAACAGGAGAACCCAAAACCGUUUCAAACAUGGAGCAGAUACAGUUCACCGUAAGUUCCAUGAGGUUCUACAAUGUGUGGUCAAGAUGUCAUCUCACAACAUUAGGCCUCAAGACCCAAAUUUUCACAUCGUCCAUGAUAGGAUUAAGCGUGACAAAAGGGCUUAUUCUCAUCUCAAAGAUUUCAUUGGUGCAAUAGAUGGAACACAUAUUAGGGCUUCUAUUCCGGAAGGACCUUCAAAAAUAAGGGUACAUUGGAAGAACCGGUGCAACAACACAGAAUGUGAUGGCGGUAUGUGACUUUGAUAUGCAUUCCACCUAUGCUUCAAUUGGAUAACCAGGUUCUAUGCAUGAUACAAGUGUGCUAUUUCAUGCAAUUGAAAAUGACAAGGCCACAUUCCCACAUCCUCCCAACGGCAAGUAUUACCUUGUAGACGCCGGCUAUCCUAAUAGGGAUGGCUAUCUAGCACCAUACAAAGGUGAACGCUAUCACGUCCCCGACUUUCAACGAGGUGCACCCCCAACUACUCCUGUAGAGAAGUUCAACCGUAUCCGCUCCUCCAAGCGCAAUACCAUAGAGAGAACCUUUGGUGUGUGGAAGAUGAAAUGGAAAAUCUUGCUCAAGAUGCCAAACUAUUCGAUUCAAACACAAAAGAUGAUAAUUGCGGCUACCAUGACACUACACAACUAUGUCCACCUCCAUGACAAAGAGGAUAUCCACUUUCUUCGGUGUCAGAGGGAUCCAGAUUAUGUCCCAACUAUUCCAGAGAGAUACAAGAAGUAUGUUAUUGAGAUACAAGAAGUAUGUUAUUCCUCCAAAUGCAUCGGAUUCUUCAACACCGGCGGAAAGUGGUCCUAACAUGGAUUUGUUUAGACAUGAACUAGCUACCGCCAUUGA